AUGCUACAAGGGUACCAAUUUGAAGUCGUCCAUGUCCCUGGUACCCGGAAUGAGCUUCCCGACUAUCUUUCGCGCAACCCAGAGCAUGCCAUGGAGGAAGACCAGCCCACCGAAGACGAAAACCAACAUCCCUUACUUAACCAAAUCCAAGAGAGGACCCUGUAUGAAGAAAUCGCCGCGGCACAGCGUGAAGACGACAGCUGCCAGCAAGACAAGGCACGUCUUCAGAGGUUGGCUCGGGAGGAGCCCGCCGACGCCGACGAGCGACGCAUUAGAGAAGAGUACGCUCUCGUGGAUGACUGUAUAUGGAAACGAACCCCGCAACAACUCCUGCUCUAUGUGCCGAGGACGCUGCGUCGCCGGCUUCUGGAAGAAUACCACGACGGGCCACACGCCGCUCAUCCCGGGUGGGAUGAAACCCAAACCGCCAUACAGCAGAAGUUCUGGUGGCCGAAACUACCCCGAAAUGUUGCCGAGUGGGUGAAGAGCUGUGCAAUUUGUGCCGCUGUCAAAGCGGGGCCGCCGCAAUCCAAAGCUCCACUGCGACCUAGGACGCCGCCCGAGCCAUGGCACACGGUGAGCCUAGACGUUCUAGGCCCCUACGAGGAAGCCCCACGACACGCCAGAUAUGCCGCCGUCCUCACCGACACCUUCACGAAGUGGGUAGAAUUAAAGCCCAUACCUACGACCCAAGCCCAAGAAAUCGUCCAAUUCCUGGAAGAAACAUUCACGAGAUACGGCUACCCUGCCUGUAUUGUCACCGACGCCGCCCGGCCAUACCUAGCCGCCCGCUGGACAAAUUAUCUCGAACAGCACCAUAUCCAGGGGUAUACGUCUCCUAUUUACCAUCAGCGGGCCAACCCGGUAGAGCGACGUAUACAAGAGCUGAUGAAGACGAUCCGCGCUUUGGUAAUCGAACAGCCGCACCGAUGGCCAGAAGCUCUGCCAAACGCCCUAUUCGCCCUACACUGCCGCACCAACGCCGCUACCGGUACCUCGCCGGCCGUCCUGAUGUUCGGCCAACCUAUAAGACGCCCCGGAGAAUGGACCAUGCCCGUCGAAGUCAGGCCUCUAGUCGAACCACACAACGAACGUAUCGCACGGCCCAAACGACGCCAAGAAGUUUACCAAAGGCAAUUAUGUCUCGAGCCGCGUGAGGCUUCUAGACGCUACCAAGUCGGCGACCUUCUCCUCACCCGUAUGCGACCUGGCAAUCCACCGUUCGCCCCGAAAUGGUCAGGGCCUCACCGAGUGAUGGAGGUGCUUGGAGACGGUGUGUAUGUCGUAGACCAGAACGACAACGCACAGCUAAUACAUAUCGACGACAUUCGCUCCACACCACCGCCGCGGAACGAAGUCGCGGCCGACGACCAGGGUGACCCAGAAGAGCCAGUCGAGCCGGCGGCCGUGAGGGCACCAGCAGACGAGGAACCUCCAACCAUAACGCCGAACGACGCGGAGGAAGCCGUUCCGCCCGUACCAGAACCAGACCGGACCCCACCAGCGACAAGGCCCCCGGAAAAAUCAGCCACGACGUACCCAACACGCGUGUGGCGGCCAAGCAGCACGCAUCGCCCGAGCAACGAUAGCCGCCCGAUACGUCGAAGGUCCCGGAUGAUAGUACGGUCGCCCUCGCUACGCCAGCACGAGCCGCGCGCUAGCGGCGUACCACCCCGAAGCAGUUCCCCGGAGGGAACGGCAGUGCCGCAGCCCAGCGGCCUAAUCGAACCCGAGCCACGCAAUGUGCCAGGACCAAGCGGUCUCCAGCCAUCCGCGACUUGUUAA